CCCGUUGGAUAACCUCCGCAAUCUCUCCUCCAGACGCAAUUCAUUCCUCUUUCUUCCUCCUCACGUCCAAACUCCGCCAAGAGAGGAGAGGAGGAAGCCGAUUGCGAUUCCACAACAGCGCGAGCAAGAGGCCGUUGAUCCAGGCGCUCUGCAGCCCGCGGCCGUCGGAGACCGACCUCCCUCUCAUCGGAAGAGCAGAUCCAGGGCGAAGUCUGCAGCCCCGCCGUCCCCCCCUCUGCCCUAGCCGGCGAAACCAUGUCGUCGUCUGCGCUGAGGGCCGCGGCGCAGAAGGCGGCGAGCCGGAAGCAGGCGCUGUCCCUGACGGAGGCCGCUGCGUCCAGGGUGCGGCAGCUCCUCGACCUCAGGCAGCGGCCCUACCUGCGCCUCGGCGUCAAGGCGCGCGGCUGCAACGGCCUCUCCUACACGCUCAAUUACGCCGAAGAGAAAGGGAAGUUCGACGAGCUUGUUGAAGAGAAAGGAGUGAAGGUGCUAAUUGACCCCAAGGCUCUGAUGCAUGUGAUCGGCACCAAGAUGGAUUACAUCGACGAUCCAUUGAGGUCAGAGUUUGUGUUCAUAAACCCGAACUCCAAAGGGGAGUGUGGGUGCGGUGAAUCGUUCAUGACUACAGGAGGCAGCAAAGGAUCGACGUCAUGAUUUCUCCACCUGAUGUAAAUAGAGCAAAGCACGAGGAGCGACAGCUCCAGCUACUUGGGUUUUUGCCAAGGAAAAAGGUCGUUGUUGCUACUGGAUUUUUUGCCGAGGAAAAAUGUCAUUCUUAAACAGCUGCAUCUGCGUUCUGCUGCAGCAGAUUUAACCUGUGAGAUGGAUCAGCAACUAAGUUACUUGUAACUGUAACUGUACGUUUAAGUUUCCUCUCAGCUGUGUUGUUGUAUGGAGGAUUUAUUUAUGUCUGGGAGCAUAAUAUCAGGUGCACGAGCCCAUUCAGUGUGCUGUGUACACGAUUAUCAACUUUGAA